UAGAUCACACAUUUUUCUGUUUGUUACCACUAAAUUUCACCUUCCUAUGCCUUUCAGUGUACCAUGUUUGCUGCCAUUUUGCUUUUUAUCACAGUUAUUACCAUCCCAGAAAGAGAGGCAGCGAGCGAAUUUUUUGUGGAAACAAUCUGCGAUGGUGAACCAGCAAGAACCGUAAAAUGUCCCAAUCAAAACGUCAUAUCCACUGUUUGGGCGAGUUAUGGCCGACAACAUUCCGAUAUUUGUGUUGAUGGUGAUCAACUCAUUAACACCACCUGCAAAUCUGAUUAUGAUUUCGUUCUGAGCAUGGUGCAGGAAACAUGUGACGAUAUAAACUCGUGUAAUCUGGAAUCAAACAAAGACGAAUAUGGUGAUCCUCCGGAGUGCCAAGGAAUCAAGAAAUAUUUGCAGAUGUAUUACCUCUGUAAGUCAGAGUUAAUAAAGAAAGCCGUCUGCGAGUUUAAUCCACCCGAGAAUAUUACGUGCCCUGAAUCUCAAAUGAUUGAAGUCGUGAACGCAAACUAUGGGCGAAAGGAUAAAUGGACAUGCGGUGAGCAAUUGGCUGAGAACAAUCGAUGCUUCUCGCCAGAAUCAGACCAGAUGGUGAAAGACAAAUGCAACGGCAAGAACUUCUGUGAAGUCGAAGCGUCUAAUGAAGUGUUUGGAAAUCCGUGCGGAGAAACACACAAGUACCUGGAAGUGCAGUAUCACUGCCAAGCGGGAAAAGAAAUAAAAGAAGCUCCUGGAGCCAUAAAGGGCAAAAUAUAUCACAGCAUGGCGAUUUGAAAGAGAACUGUUCAAGAAAGGAACUCCUCAUCGCCCAAAAUUUAGAAUUUAUGUAUUAACAUGCGGACAUCACCAUGGUAUACCUACAUAUGGCAAUGGCAGACAAUGUCGCAAAGAACUUUAAAUCGACGCUUUUAUUGGCGAUAAAUUGUUGCGAAAAAAAUAAUGAAAGAACUCGCCACAUUGGGAAAAACCUGACGGAAUGGUAUGAAAUAAUGUCAUUAGGACUUUUGCAGCAGUGUUUGUCAGUGCUGGUUUUCUUUGCCCAAUAAAAUCAUAACCUUGUUGUAAACCUUGGCACCUAGGUUACUGUAAUCUAUGGAAAAAACAAUAAAAAUAAAUUUAAAAAAUACAGAUAUAAUUGUCUUCUGUUCCUUAAC